AUGCCCCGGUCUUCGAUGAUAAAAGAAGGCUUUGCCCUGUAUCACGACGAGUUAUGGUGGGCACGGCAAGAUCGAGUCGUGGCGAAGACCAAGGCUGCCGUGGAGAAAAUCUUGGCCAACCGAACCGCCUUCUUUGCUCAGCUCGCGGCGUUGGUCGUGGGUUUAAUGGCGAUGCUUCUGAUGUGCCGGGUCGUUGCCGCCAAUUAUCCAACUGCUACACCAGUCGAAGAGCGAUUCCGCGAUUCAAGUAUGCUGCAGCUGCCCAGGCCCUACGAGUGCCCGAAUUCGUUCAUUGUCAGGGUGUGCCAAGGUCGCAGCUUUUGCAUGCCACUGCAGCACGUCCGGCCUUCGAGGUACUGUCCGUAUCGCGUGCACCAGUCCAUCCAACUCCUCCACGAUCGCGUCCGACACGAUGCAGAGCUGAAGUUCGAAGUCGAAUAUAUUGAGAUCCCCAUCAGCCAAGAUAUGCGGCUAGACCAACGCCAACUCCGGUCCCUCUGGGAGGCCCACACGAAAUACGCGCCCGCUGUGGCACAUGCAACAUGGACCGCCGCCCUAACCGAGGAGGGACAGCCA